AUGUCUGCAGAGUGUCGGGCUUGUCUGGAGGCCAAACAACAGGCUAAAGGGAGAGAAGAAACGUCGCAACUGCCCGAUGAUAAAGAAUGUCAGCGGAUCUGCACUGCCGGUGCUGGAGGCAGGCGAGCAAGAAGACAACGAGACAACGAGAAGAAUGUGAAAGAGCUAAAUGCAGAGAAACGUGAACUGCUGGAGGGAGAGCUUGUGUCCUCUCUUCGGCCCUCAAAGGCAGGUUCAAUGUUCACCGACGGUGAAUCCGCUAGCCCAGCUGUUGACCGAGCUUGUCGGGACUGUGCAAGCCAAGAGGAUGGCGAUGAUGUCGCCGGGAAUGUCGCCGGUGACGUCGCAUGA